AUGUCCCUCUUGCAAAGCCUCGUGCAAGACAUUUCUUCCCUCGGAACCAAACUACAUCAACACUUGGGUGACGACACAGGCCACCUUUACGAAGCUAAGCCAUGGAAGACCUAUGAUCAAGAGCUUCCAGAUCGACAGGCGUGGGACUUAACACAAAAACUCAUCGCUGAUUGCGAAGAGCUGAUCGCACUACUCACACCCACCAAGAUCAAGCUCGUGACAGAGUGUGUCGCCAACAACAGCACCGUCGGCCUGGGUGUUGCCGCUGACUUUCGGAUAGCCGACAAGAUCAUUGAGAACGGAGGAGAGGCCUCCCUGGCUCAUCUAGCUCGUGUCUGCAACACUGACGAGCAUAAACUAGGGUGUGUUAUGCACAUGCUCGUGAGCAGAUUCAUAUUCACUGAAGUGGCGCCGGAUGUGUUUGCAAACAAUCGGCACAGCUACGAGCUGAGGAAGGAGACCGGCGCCACCGAAAUGAUGUUGAUUGAAACCAACGAGGGCUAUCAAGCUGGUCUAGGCUGGUUACCGGUCAUGAAAGAUCCCGAGCGCAUGCACGAGCAUGAUCCUGCCAAAGGCGCCUUCGCCGAAGCCUUCCAAGUCGACAUGGGCGUGCUACCGUACCUUGGAACGCCCAAGGGUGCGAACCUACUCAACAAUUUCAGCAUCGGUGUCCCUUGGCUCUCCGGAAUCACCGUAGUCGCCACCAGGACGGACAUACCCUGGGACAAGUUUGGGUCAACAGUCUGCGAUGUCGGCGCUGGACCAGGCGGCGUCAUGCUUGAAGUCAAGCAGAAAUAUCCCCAUCUGAACAUCAUCUGCCAGGAACUGGAUCAUAUGAUACCUGUGCUGCAAGAUACGUUCAAAGGUUACCAGGCCGACCUGAAGACAGGCAAGAUCAAGCUCGAAGUUCACGACUAUUUCACCCCUCAAACAACCGCCGCAGACGUCUACUGGCUGAGAGGCGUAGUCCGCGACUACGACGAUGAAACCUCUGCGCAGCUCCUCGCACAGCUCGUUCCCGCGCUCAAGAAGAACCCCAAGGCCAAGGUACUUGUCAAUGAGCUCAUAAUUCCCAGUCUUCUCACGCCACGGUCCUCGGUCGAAGCCAAUACGCCGGCCUCCCAACGCUUGCCUCCUAAUCAGUCUGGAUAUCCACAGGCAUGCCACAUGAUGCAGCUUAGCACCAUGGUUCUGAUGGGCGGCAAAGAACGCACGUUCGGCGACAUUGUCAAGAUCGGUCGCGUUGCCGGCUUGCGGGUCAGCAAGUUCCAUCAGCUCCGGAUGUUCACAGGUACCAUCGAGUUUGAGCUCGAUAACGGCGUGGCCGAAUCCGGAAUGCAAAUGUCAAGGCUGUGA